ACGACAAAUACACACCUGAUGGACGCAUCAUCCUGCAAUUGUUGACUUAAACCUUGAAAUCGCUUGCGUUUAGCAUUUUGGAGACAACUGACGGUGUUUUCUCUUACUAAUAUAACACUAUUUAAAGUUGAUCAACGUACAACACAAUGUUUUGGCGCGUGUUUUUGACGGCUGUGGUCAUAACACAUUUGGCGCUCGUGAAUGGUGAUGUUCAAGAGAGGUCUUGUUCCCAGAUCCCUGUACAUGCUAAGUUGUCCUGCGGACAGAUCAACCAAACUGUUUGUGCCAGGCUUAGUUGCUGUUGGAAUGAAAGCGAAGUUAAUCCUUCUCUGCAGUGUUUUAAGAAAAGUAACGACAUAUCUCCUAUCAGAAAUACGACAAUAACUUGUGCCUAUUACAAGGGAAAAGUUUGCAAGCAAGCUUUCUCUAAAACGCUAUUUCAAUUAAGCCAGUUACCAAGACUUCACAAAGUGAAAAAUGGUGUCGUUGAAGAACCUUUAAAAGCUACCGUGACGAUUAUCGAAAAGACUGUCAGGCAUUCCGAAUGUAGAGCAGCAUUGAUUGCUAUGCUGUGCCAUUACACUAUGCCACCGUGUCAGACAAACAACAGCGUGACACAUUUCUGUGUCGGGGAUUGUAAAGAGUUGUUUUUGAAGUGUGGGCAUUAUAUGGAUCAACUUGAAGCUGCUAUGAAUCGCAUACCGGGUGGAAUGAGGUCUGAGCUGUCAAUUCCAGGUUGUCGUGGGCUGAACAGCACCGACAAAAAUGAAGAAGAAAAUGGGACAUGUAUCAAACUUAACAUGGAACUUUCUCCAUCUUCUGAUGAAGAAGAGCCAAUAGGAGUUCCUAAGAUCCCUCCUAUUACAAGGCGCCCUCCAGUUUUCAAAGGGGCGUUUGCGCCACCGCGGGUAAAUUGUUCGACAAUCGCUCCAGAUGAGAAAGUGGGUUGCGUGGUGCCGGAAAAUACAAACAAGACCACAUGCCUUUUUCUUGGAUGCUGCUGGAAUGAUGCAGAAACAGAUUCUGCAAAGAAAUGUUACACAAAAAGAGGAGGAAGCUGCAUGCCUUAUCGAGGAAAAGUCUGCCAAGUGUCAUUGAACUCGUCCCUUCCAUUUUAUCGCAACAGCGAUCGUUUCUUCGACAACAAAUAUGGCCUACCAGCCACCGAACAGUUUCUUGCCAGGGUUCUACAAAUAAUCGACCAGCUUGUGAAGGACAACGAAAAGUGCAGAUACAUCUUAACAAGCUUGCUUUGUCAUUACACUGUGCCCCCUUGUUAUCCGGAUGGCACAGACAUAAAGUACUGCAGGGGAGACUGUGCGGCCAUUUUCAAGGAAUGUAGCGCCCCCCUGAAUCAAGUGAUUGGUGCCCUGACACUGCAUGUGGCUGCGAAAAACAUCGAUUUUAUACAUACGAGUCUACCGAACUGUUCUGGACACCCCGUGGAAGAGAGUUUUAAGGACAGACCAGAGAAAACCUGUAUCAAGACGGGCUUUUUCAAUUAUACAGAGACCACAAUGGGUGUAAACACUGGGAAACCGACCCCACAACCUGAAAGUAAACUGGAAAUUAUUCUUCCAAUUGUCAUAGUUUGCCUUUUCAUCAUUGCGGUAUGUGUCAUCGUGUUCGCUCUUCAUCGAAGACACAAGAAAAGGAGGGACGCUGUAGAUAAUGGGCAUGCGCUAACCCAAAAAGGCUCUAUUACAAUGAGAGACAGGUUACGAGCUGAGUCCUUAAAAAGCCUUGACUCGCGCCUGUUAGGACUUUAUGAUCCAAACAAACUGAGGCAAUACAGGUUGGACCAUGUACAGUACGUGAAAGAUUUGGGAGAAGGAUUCUUUGGGAAAGUUUUCCAAGGUCGCGCUUCUGGUCUGAAUGAUAAACAAUCAAAAAAGGUUAUUCCUGUUGCGGUGAAAGCGUUAAAGGACGAGCCUUCGAAGGAACAAAAAGACGAGUUUUUCCGAGAAGUAACCCUGAUGUCCAUUCUCACUCAUCCAAAUAUUGUUCAGCUCUUAGCUGUGUCAACUGAGGAGGAACCCUACGGAAUGCUGUUAGAAUUCAUGAGCGGUGGGGAUUUGAAUCAAUAUUUGAGGAAUGCAUUACCAGCUGAAACAUCGCUGGACUCCAGCGAGAAAGGGAAGGUUUACCUCUCACAGGAGGUCCUUGUGUCUGCCGCAACUCAGAUCGCCGCUGGUAUGCAGUAUUUGGCCGAAAUGAAAUUUGUUCACAGGGACCUGGCUACGAGGAACUGCUUAGUGGGAGAUGAUUUCGUAGUGAAGAUCGGAGAUUUUGGAAUGUCACGUGAUAUUUAUACUACAGAUUACUAUAAGAUGAGCAAAGAAACAUUGCUGCCCAUCCGCUGGCUGGCUCCUGAAGCUUUCCUGUACGGCAAGUUCAGUCUCAAGUCGGACGUGUAUGCAUAUGGUGUGGUACUCUGGGAGAUUUUCACGUUUGGUCUGCAGCCCUAUUAUGGAUAUACUAACAAAGAAGUGAUGGAAUUUAUUCAGAAGGGUAUUCAUUUAGGGAAACCAGACAACUGUCCGGACUUCGUAUAUGCUAUAAUGAAAGAUUGUUGGACAAAAGAAGCAGAGAAGCGUUUGGAAUUCACAGCUAUAAGUAGGCGUCUAAAAAACCCUUAUCAUGAUUAUGACAUGCCGCCAGCUACAGAAACUGACGAAACAAUCGAGCAAAGAGAGGAAGCAAAAGAAGGCGACGAGAAUUUACCAUCAGACACAGGAAACUACGAUAUUCCCAGGAACUCUGCUUCAAGUGAUUACGACAUUCCCCGGGCGAAAACGCUCGAGUCAAACUACGACGUGCCGAGGUCGAACGAAGAUAUCCGAAUGAGUACUGCCGACAACGACGAGGAGGAGGAGAAGAACGAAGAAGCUCCGAGUGACGUUGCAGUUUGAUUUGUCACCCAACACAACUGCAAAAACGUCGUUUUCAAUAUCAAAAAGACCAAAAAUGAAUUAACACUAAGCAUAUAAAAUACGUUAUUAGACCUUUUCACUAGUUGCAGAAGGAAUUUUUAGAACUCGACUCAUUUUACCAUGGCAGGAGUGUUGCAAUUGGGUGUGUAUGUCACAUGGAUGACAUGACUAGGAAAAUUCUAGAGAGGAAUUCAGAUAAAUUUCAUUCUACUCCAGCGAGGUUUUUCAAUGCUGUGGACACGUUUUCUUAGCUAGAGCAACAUUUUACAGUUUGAAAACUGCAUUGGCAAACAGAAUUUGCUCGUUUUAACAUGGCUUUUCUCAUGCUAGACGGAUUUUUCAGUCAGGCAACUGUACACGGUGUAAUAAAUCAUGAAAGAAAGAUAGGCUAUCACUUUCAUGAGGUUUACUUGAUUUUCCAAAAAAAAUUAUUUAUGAUCUCGCGUAAACAAAAGACGUCACAAAUUCAAUGCGUUUUCGCUCAUCGCUUUAAAAUUUAUUACGCGAAAUUGAAAUAGUUUCUAUUUCCAAGUAUUUAUCUUAAAAUACAAUACCAGAGUUGCCUAGUGGGUGAUGUCACUCUUAACAGCUUUUUUUAAAUUUGAUACUAAGAUCUUGAAAUACAAAGCGACAAAUUCAUUCCUCUGUUAAAACAUUCGCAAACUUUAUGGAGUUUUUUCUUUUAUUAAUCAUAGUCGUUAUGAAAACUUGCAUCAGGUGUUUCGUGUUCUUUGGACAAUACUUGGUUGACUGCAUAAAGACACAAUACGUUUCCAUGGUAGUUAAAUCUAAGUUAAUGCCAAUCGUGUUUUGAACAUGAACCUACGAAAAUACUAUGUUUUAACAUUUAAAUUGCCACAUUCGAAAAAAAGGAAUCGGUCAAAAGCCCGUCUUGAUCACGUUACAAUUUAACAGUGUAGUAUUUUCAGGUAAUAUUAUACACAAGUAAAAUUUCAGAGUUUGUUCUGUCAACAAUUUUGCACUUUGUUCUGGAUCAUAACUCGAUCCAUAUUAGUAGGGUCUGUUUUUAAUUCCACUCAUUUCCUAUAACUUGAUGAAGAUCAAAAAGGAAGCUGAUGGAUGGGGAAUUUUUAGAAGACUUCCUAAAACUUUGUGCCUCUUUUUAGGCUCAGUGUUGUAUAAAGACGUAAUCAAAUUGAUCAACGACUUCACUGGCAUACUUAUAAACGUUAGCAGAUCAAUGUGACUUACGUAAUUACUCUGAUGUAUUUUAUUUCAAACACGGUUGUCAGUUUUAUUUCAGCCGGUUUUUGUCAGCUGAUGUAAAACAUCAGUUGUUGUGUUAGUAAAGUAAUUGUACCAGUUAUCAUAGGUACUAAAUAUGAACAUCAUUUUAGGAAA